AUGGCAGACCAUCUCUUCUCUCCUGACGAGCCUUCAAAGCCUAUUCGGAUUGAGUAUCACGGUCCGCUAUACGACGGAGGCGACUGGGAUGAGUAUCCCACGCGCCAUGGCUGGGAGUCAGAGCCGGGGACACAGAAGUUCCCUGAAGGCCAAAUUCCUCAGGAGUUCCAACCUACAAUUGAGUGCUGGCUCUAUUUCGGCAUGCUCCACUACGUUUUCGGCGACCAGCUAAACCAGUGCGACUUUCUCCUCCGCGAAAGUGAGAAUGACGAUGAAGGCCAACAGCAGUACAUUACGACAAAGCAUCUGGAACGAUACGUGGGUAGUACCGAGAAGUGGCAGAACGACGGACUAAGCGCGCGGUCUUUCGGGAUCGUCAGGCGAGUCUGGGAGCACCUCCAAAGAUAUGACCGCUACAUACGGGCUGACAUGUGCUUUGCUAUUCGGCUGGCCUGUCAAGCUCUCUGGAAUGUCGCGGAGAAGCGUGAUGGCCCACAGACCGAUCCGGGCACCGUCAAGCUCUGGUUAUUUCCCAGAGACAGAGAGGCCGAGCAGAUGGUAAGGGGUGGAUGGUGCCCGCUGGACGCAGAGAAGUGUCGCAAGAUUGGCGUUGAACUGGACACCCCGGCGUAUUUGCUUCAGCUUCUACGGACGAAGCCCGCCUGGAACAAGAGGACGCAUGAGCGUUGUAAGAAGACAGAAUGUGUCGCAGACAACGUCGAUGAGAGCCUCUAUGUCACUCGCCACCUGCAGGAAGAUUGUACGUGUGAGCAUCUCCACGCAAACGUAGAGAAGUUACAUGAAGUUCUCCUGGAUGGCGGGAUACCUCUUGUGCAGAUCACACCUCGUGGCGAGGAUGAGCUCGACAACCAGGGCUAUGAGAUUAAUAUCGUGAAAAAGCGAAUCAGCAAGCGAUACGUGGCCGUCUCCCAUGUAUGGGCUGAUGGGUUGGGAAACCCGCAUGCUAACUCUCUGCCGACGUGCCAGUUGGAUCUUCUUUACGAGCGGGCAAGGCUCCUUCUCACUGACAAAGAAUAUGUCCCCCAGCAUGGCAUCGGGCCAUUUAGGCCGCUGAACACUGCUGCUGCCCGCUUUGCGCAUUUCGCAGGCAAACGGCGUGGAGACAAUUCAGUCUUGGUGUGGAUCGAUACGCUGUGCAUCCCACAUGAACGCGAGGUUCGCAGUUUGGCAAUUCAACGCAUCCGCGACGUUUAUGUCGGUGCUUACCGAACUAUGCUUCUGGAUUCGGAGAUAAAGCAGGUCGACUCGCGCUCUGCAAGCAAUUUGGAACUUGUUCUUCGGGUGCUGUACUGCUCAGGCUGGAUCCGCCGGCUAUGGACACUUCAAGAAGGAUUGGCAGCCAAAAGCCGACUAUACGUGAUUCUGUCUGACAAAGCAGUCAACAUUUCCACCAUCGCCGACGAGCUCUUUGCCAAGCUUAGUGAAGGAAAGCUUCCCAUCUUCCAGGAGAAAAUUGCCCGGUACGCUGCCGGCGUUUGGUACCAGUAUUUCCAAGGCUCUAUCGAGUAUGCAUCCAAAUUCGAUCGUUUCGUCAACGUCGUGACAGGUCCCUACUUCGACAUCUUCGUUGACGGCGACGCAAGCAUUUCCCAAUUUAAGCUGCUCUCUUGGAACUGGUAUAAUGUGGCAACACGAGCCUCCAGCAAGGACGGCGAUCGCGUGAUCGUGCUAGCGGGUGUCCUGAAUCUGGAUGUGAAGAAGAUCCUCAAGGUGAAGGGGACUGAUAGUCGCAUGUGGAUGUUGUACAGUAUGCUGCGUGAGUUCCCUUCAGACGUGCUGUUUCAUGAUGAGCCACGCUUUGAAUUUGACGGCGGCCGAUGGGCGAUCAAGGUGUGUCGGUUUACGGAAGAAAUUCGCUAUCUUACAGGUGGAGUGGGAUACAUCACCCCCUGGGGGCUGCAUGUCACAGAGUAUCGUUCUUGGAUAUUUCCAUCCCGCAUGGUAUUUGAUCUCCGCCGCAUCAAUGACGACGAUAUUCAACAGGUCUGGGAGCAGUGGCUUACUGACUGCCACAUUUCUUUCGGGGGCGAGGGAGAAGUCUUGUAUUUGGGAACGAAGAUGCCGAUCGAUUUUAAGCCUGGCGAAACGCAUGGGAUUAUCGUGAAGGAAUAUAAUCAUGGUCGUCCCGGUACAACACACCCGUGUGUAUCGGUGUCGCUAAAGAGAGCAGAGAAGGAAGUGCAUUAUGCGCGAUAUAAUAGCCUGGGAAGGGUCAAGUCGUUUACCAUAGGCGUGUCAAGCCUCCCUGAUGAGGGCUAUUUGGUGGGAGGCACCUGGGAUGACCUACAAAAGCGUGAAUGGGUUGUUGGUUGA